CUUAAACUAGACGGAACAGAAAAUAAACAACCGGGCAGAUAUUGGUAUGUCCUCAUCUCCGGAUACGGAGGGUGGGCUAGAAUGGUCGUCGUUUACAUCAUCUCACAUAUAUAGAUCCGCUGAUAUCAGAACUUUUAAGAUGCUGGUCUUCACAAACUGUGAUUGUUCAUCCAAUUUCUGGGGUAAAUGCAUGGUACCUCAACUAUUGGUAAUGUUACAUUUUGGUACCUUAACUCUUAAAUGAAUCAAAAUGGUACAAUAAAUAUAUACAAAUGUUUCGAAUUUAGAUUUUAUUCAAAUUUUCGACCAAAAUAUUACACGUGGCGGUCAGAAUUUCUAUGCGUAAAGUAUGUUUCAACUUAUUUUUGUCCAUAUGAUCACUAUAGGGUGACUCUACGCAUUAAAUUUUUAUCGUUAUGAAUGACUUUUUUGUUAAAAAUUUGAAUCAAAUCUCAGUUUGAAACAUUUAUAUAUAAUUAAGGUACAAUUUUGAUUCAUUUAAGAGUUAAGUACCAAAAUGCAACAUUACCAAAAUGCAUUUAACCCUCCAAUUUCAGAUGAUUCCAUCCAUUAACGCGGUCAGACCGAACGAAAACUUUUGGCUCAAUGGUCAAUUAUAAAUCGAGAGAGACAAAGAGAUCGGUAUAUUCAUAUCUUCUAUACAUCUUAACUUCAAUUCUCCAUCUUCUCUAUGGAUAUCUCAGCAUUAUUCUGCAACACGUUAUUUUUGUUGAUGACAUGUUAUACGUAGUACUUCAAUAUUGCUGUGAAAAAAGUCGUUGGAUGUCAUUGCAGAGGCGAAGAGUUUUCUAUGGCGUUUCAGAAUCAAUUUUCACCAGAAAUGGAGAGUUCGCAACAUUUCUCAGAGCAGCACCUAUACGAAAGUCCGUCUCUCUUGCGGAGUAUACUUCCUGAACAGCUAUCAACGCAGUCGACGCGGAACGGAAUUCAGCCGGAAAACCACCAUCACCAGCAACUGACGUGGCUCGACAGCGGAGUUUAUCGGCAACAGGACCAGUUCGUCGGCGUCCGCGAUGGAUCGGGAGCCAUAGCAGAUGCGAAUUUCCUCAAUAUGCAAAGCAACUCGGAGUCAUCUUCCGCUGCGGCGGAGCGCGCCUCGAGCCAGUGGCUUUCGAGAGCAAUUGCACAUGGAAGCGUUAGGGACGACGAAGUCUCGGAGUCCAGAAAUUCAAUUACAGCCGCCGGGAUUAUGCACGGGCCGCCGAGUAAUUUCAACGCAGUCGGCGACGGCGAAGACUACAGAAACACAGGUUGUCGCCGCGGAGGAGGAAGUGCUGAGGUGGCCGAGGGCGGAGUCGGCGGCGGCGGCUCAGGAAAGGAGAAAUCGGAAAUUGAAAGGUACAAAGCCGAUAUAUCAGGACAUCCGUUAUACGAGCAACUGCUAGCAACCCAUGUGGCGUGCUUGCGAAUUGCGACGCCGGUGGAUCAACUCCCGAGGAUCGACUCUCAGCUUGCGCAAACUCAUGAAGUCAUCGUACAGAAAUACUCUGCCCAGAUUGGAAAUGGAAAUCUCAAUGGCGACAGAGAGCUCGAUCAAUUCAUGGAAGGUGUUUGGAACUCUGCUUCUUUUUUAAAGAAGAUGCAGAAACUGGUCACCCCUAGCUUCUAAAAAAACUUAUUUUAGGAGUAAAAAAGAGCACCAGAAUCACUUCUGCACUUUGACCCAAACACUCCAGAUUCUGCUUCUAGUCUCCCAAGGAGCAGAAGCAAUUUUAAGAAUCAGAUCCAAACACCCCUAAUACUACCCGUUCCAUUAAUGCCAUUUCUGACGCGAGAGGUGAUAUAUUUAUUAGUAAAAAUAAGUUUAUAAAUUGAUAAAAUAAUAAUAAAGUAAUAAUGAAUUAAAUCAUAAAAAAUUUAACAAACUAAGUACGUAGUAUGUGACAAUAUUAGAGCAAUUUCAAUGGCUCAUUUAAAAGACUUGUUUGCAAUUUUAAAGUUAAUAGUUUAUCAUUAAAGCAUUGUUGUUCCUUUUAUUUGAGAAAACUAAUUAAUCAAAAUGAGAUAAUAGCUUGAGUAAGAAAAAUUAUUGUUUAAUAUAAAAUCAUUAAUAAUAAAAGAAGAGAAAGAAGAUAUAAUUAACCAUUGAAAUACAUUUUAAUUUUGUUUCAAAUGUUUAUGUGAUUAGUCAAGUCAUAAGGGCAAUUAGUUAAGCGUUUGAGAUAAUCUUAGUGAAACGGAUGAAAACGGAAAGAUGAAACAAUUUUAAUGAAGCAAAUUGGGUAUAUCCGUAGUAACUAAAUUAAAAAGAUAGAGUUCCUAGGUUUAAUAUCUUCUGCUAAGUUGUUCUAGCAGAAACACUUAUGUGGAGCUUGUUCUUCAAGAUUUUAACGACAAGUCCAAGUAGCAAUCAGGACAAAGAUGAAGCAUGUCGCUAUAAAAUUUGAACGAAAAGUGAAAACUAUUGACAAAAGACUUAAAAUGUCGUACAUUUUGAUUUGGUGUGAAUUUGAAAUUGAAAAGUGACAUAUAAUCACUAAUUAUUUUAAUAAUGUGUGAUCACAUUUUAG